GACGCUGAAACUAAUCGACAAAGACAUGAUGGCUGCCGACGAAGCAUCGGCAAAUGCAGAGUAGGAAGGAAUUGGAAUAUGCGGACAGAAAAAGAAUCUGAUGAUGGAGACGAAGACGGAGAUUACGGCAGCGGUGAUAUGGUGCAACGGCAGGGAAUCAUCGGCUGCUGUAGAAGCCGAAACUAUGUCCUUUGACAGGCCAAUGCAUUGCUCAAUACUUUGUUUCCAGUCGGGGAAGUAAAAUUAUGUGGUGGAUUAUAGAAAAGAG